GCCUGAAUAUGUCGGCUAGCUGAAAAUACGUUAGCCUGUUAUCAUGAUCAAGACGAUUUCGCUUGGUUAAGUUCGUCGUGCGAGAUAAAGAUUUUCGAUGCUUGAAUAGCGUUUAUAAUCGUGGAAAAGAUAAGUAAAAAGGAGCAAGAUUUCAACGCGAAGGGUGAGAGAAGAUCAGUUCGAGGAUCGGCAUAUCGUACGGCGGUAAAAGUGAAAAAGUAGCGCGAGGCCUUAUGUCAAGUCAGCUCAGUGUUGGGAGGGCCAACGACGUGUGCCAAUAUGAAGAAGCUCUUUUCAAAGAUCGAAAACACGUCGAAGGAACCCAACAGUUAUUUAGGAAAGGUGUUCGUAGUUGGACGAUACACUGUAACCGUCGAAGAAGUCCUGGCGGAAGGCGGAUUUGCCAUAGUAUUUUUGGUCAAAGCUUCGACCGGCCGAUAUGCACUUAAACGUAUGUACGUGAAUAACGAACAUGAUCUCAAUGUAUGCAAGAGGGAAAUACAGAUCGCUAGCAACCUGAGCGGACAUAAAAAUAUUAUAGGAUAUGUAGAUAGUAGUAUCACACAUACAGGCGGAGGAGUACACGAGCUUUUACUUUUGAUGCCUUAUUGUAAAUCUCAAGUUCUUCAAAUGAUGAAUAAUAGAUUGCAGACUGGUUUUAAUGAAUCAGAAAUCCUUCAAAUUUUUUGUGAUGUUUGUGAGGCUGUAUCUCGGCUACAUCAUUGUCAAACACCCAUUAUUCACAGAGAUCUAAAGGUUGAAAACAUACUGUUUGCCGAUUCUGGGAAUUAUGUUCUUUGUGAUUUUGGUUCAGCAACAGGAAAAGUUCUCAAUCCAAAUAUUCAAGGAGCUGCAAUGGUCGAAGAAGAAAUUAAAAAAUAUACAACUUUGAGUUAUAGAGCACCAGAAAUGGUUGACAUGUAUUGCGGGAAACCUAUAACUACAAAAGCAGAUAUAUGGGCCCUAGGUUGUUUAUUGUAUAAAUUAUGUUUCUUUACUUUACCAUUUGGUGAAAGUACACUUGCCAUACAGUCUGGAAAUUUUACAAUACCAGAUAAUUCAAGAUAUAGUAAAGCUCUCCAUUGUUUAAUUCGAUAUAUGUUGGAACCUGAUCCAGAUGUUAGACCUGAUAUUUAUCAAGUUUCAGUGAUUGCUUUCCAAAUUCAAGGAAAAGAAUGUCCUGUUCAAAAUCUACAUAAAACUCCAACGCCUACGUUAGAUUCUUUGCCAUGUCCUCUAAUGGAAAAUGAUAAUAUUAAAAGAUCAUCAUCUGUUAGAACUCCCAAACCUACGCCCAUUACAACUGUAGAGGGUACCUCUGUUACUCCUAGGCAAAGACCAAAAGGACAAGCUGUAAGCACAGGUCCUAUAAAUCUAAGUGGUCAAAUAGUAGGACAAAUAUCAGGACAAGGUAGUCAGAUACAACAGCAAAAUCCUGCUGGAAUUACUCUUCAACAAAUUACACCAAUGAAUACAACUUCAACUUAUUUAGGCCAAAAUGUACAAAAUAUUCAGACACUUCCAGUGAAUCCUCAACAAUCACUGCAACUAUCCACGCAGUCGUCUUUUGGUCAAGUUUCACCACAUGUUUGUACUCCAAAUCAAAAUGUUUCUUUUGGACAGUCACAAAGCAAGCAGGCACAAUAUAGUCAAUCUCAGAGUCCUAUGAUUAAUCAUUCUCCUAUGACUCGGCAAAGUCCAGUGUCUGCUCAAGAUAAAAAUUCAUAUUAUUUUGAUUCGAGGCAACACGAACAAAGAUCAACCACAAAUAUAAACGAGGAGAACUUGGAAGCAUUAUUUCCCCCAUCACGUUAUCCAGAUCCUUUUAAGGAUGAUACACGUACAAUGCCACCUCCUACGAAAAUACCACCACCUGUUGCACCUAAACCUGGAUCUACUAAAGUUUUGCAAAAGCUAUCAAAUUCUACAAAUAGUUCAUCUUCAAAAGUCGUGCCUAUGACAUUACCAUCAAAAUUAAAUAUUCAAACUGGGCCUAAUAGAACAAGUUCAUCGACAACUCCAUCAGUUUUGCCCAAACCUGUUAAUAAAACAGAAAGUUUGAGCCAAAGUAUAAGUUCUAGUACAUCACCACCUGAUAGUCCAACUUCAAAUUCAUCGAGACAUAGAAGAAAUGUCAGUGAUACUAGCGCUUUCAAUAACGGCCAUUUCGAUGUUCACAGAGCGUUUGCAACUGAGACAACCCAAUUCUUAGCACCAUACGAAGUUUCAGUCAAAUUGCGCUCGGAAGAAAUAACAUCUCCUGAAGUACCAAUUGAUACAAAACCUUGUAUAGGAACGAGUGCCUCACAUGUACGUAUUGGAGAGCUUUCAAGUUUAAUAGGAUCAGAAGGUAGAUCAUUGAACACUGAAAUGGCUGCUUGGAAUCCAUUUGAAGAUGUGCAGCCUUUUGGUCAAUUAACAGAAGAUCAUAUUUUUGGCGCUGAAUUCGAUAAAAUUCGAAGAGGUAGUAAUACCAGCAUUAGUUGCGUAAAGAGUCGUGAGAGCCUCGUUAUGACUUAUUCUGAAUUACCUGAAGAUCCAUUUGAAUCAGCACCAUUCACUCUGCCAACAGGAAAGAAGAAUAAAAUUGGAUCAAAAGCUGCAGCAGUUGCUGGAGGAAGGAUUCAAAAUAAUAAUAUUAGGGUGCCUUUAAAACAAUGGAAUUCAGGGGUGAAACAGGAUGGAAUGGAUGAUGAAGCAUCAUUGCUUACCGAAUCUAAUCCCAUUUCUCCACCUUUUGUCCGAGCUCCAAUUGAAGACCGUUCAAAAUAUGAAAAAUUAGCUUUUAAUGCGGAUGAAAUAUCAAGUGAUAGUGAUAAGGAUGUAACCCUAGAACGAGUGAAAAAGAAGAAAAAAAGAGUGAAAACUGUACUCAGUAGGAAGAAGAAAGUGAAUCAAGAUUUAAAUAAUACUAAUGUAGAGUAUGAAUCUGAUGAUUCUAUAGGUUCUGCUAGUGAUUUGAAAGCAAUAAAUGAUGAAGAGUGUAUUCAAGAAAAUGAUGAUGAACAAAAGAAAAUAGAUGAAACAAUUUCAGAGAGUGUACGUACUUGUGGAAGUUCAGCAUAUCAUGCAGAAUGUGAAUCUGUUGCAACGCAUGAAGAGGAAUAUAGAAUGAAAAAACCAAAAAAACAUCACCAUACUCAACACCUUCCAACAAUUGAUUCAGAUCCUGUGGUAGGACAUCAAUAUGGAGAAAAACCUUUAUUAUUGGAUGAUGAAUUAGAUCCAGAAUCUAAACCAGAACAAUCUCAUGGAGAUCCAUUUGUUGGUUUCCAGUAUGGAUCAAAACCUUUACUAUUAGAUGCUAAUAGUUCCUCGGAUGAAAAUGAUAAAUUAAGGUCAUUAAAUAAUGGUGUUUGGAAAAUAGAAGAUGAUGUAUUUGCACUUGCACCAUUUCCAAGAUCUAGUAGCUCUAGAAAAAGUAGUGAUAGUCGUGAUAGCGGACGUAAACAUUUUGGACAAAGUAGUAUUGCAAACUCUCCUCAAAAUUCAAAUUUGGUGACACCUAUAUCUAGUUCUCCAGUUACAUCAGAGUUCUUAGGGAAUGUAGAAAAUAAAACUCAAGCUGAAAUAUUAUCUGUAUUGCCUUCUACAAAUCUCACAGAUAUAAAUAUGAGUAAAAACAAUUAUGAGGUAGUAAAUUUUACUCAUUCAGUUCAACAAUCACCAACCACGGCUCUUCUUUGUGCUAAUACUAAUGAACAGGAAGAUAUGGAAAAAGAUCUAUUUGGUUCUUCGCCUUUCAGUCCAAGUGGUUUUACAAAUCCCUUCAACAAUAUGCAACAGUAUAUAAAUGUUGAAACACACGAUCAACCAAUCUCUGCAUUUAUAAGUUCACCCUCUUCUUAUGCUAAUUACGCUAAUAUUACUUCGCGAUCUUAUAGAACUCCAGAUAAUCAUUGUACAGGCAAUUCACCAAUUAUUUCUAAUUCUAAACUUGGUAUUGUGACUAGUAAUUCAGAGACAUUGAACAUGGAGUCUUCCAAAGAUCUUUUUGGAUCUGUACCUUUUGAAGAAUUUGCAAAUUUGCGAAUGAGUGAACAACAAAGGCCAACAUCUCUACCAUUAUCACAGUCUCCAAACUUUGUGAAGAAUUCAUUGAAUACUGUGUCAACAUGUAAUGUACAUUCAUCAAAUACUGUUCCAAUAAUAUCAACAACACUACCAACAUAUACAACAGUGCAGCAUACUACUAUGAUAGCAGUUCAGGCAUUAAAUAGCAUUUCAAAAUUAAGUAUUACAUCAGAAUUAAUCUCUCCUAUGUCUCCAGAACCUUUAGUUACAGAUAAUCUAUCAAAGCAUAAAAAGGAUAAAUCCAAAUCCGAUAAAUCUAAAUACCAUCUUAUCAAUGAAAAUCAUGGUGAUGUGGUUAAUGUUCUACCUACUAAAAUAUCGCAUAAAGUUAAAUCUGCAGGUCAUAAAAAAAAUUUGAAGAUAAAAAAGGGAUCUGCAGCAACAUCUGGUUUCAGUAAUAUGAGUUUUGAAGAUUUUCCUAGUGAUGACAAUGAUGAAAAACAAGUUAGAACGAAAGUAACACCUUUUGAGGUAAUAAGAGAACCAGAAAAGAAAUUUGGUUCGUUAAAAAGACGAAGCAAUCCGUUUACCUGAGAAGAAAUACAGCUGACUAAUAGCCAAGGUAUUUAUUACUAAUAUGAGAAAAAGAUAUAUAUGCAUUUGAUUCUGUAUUUUAAUUAAACAUUAGUAUUCUAACAGAAAAUAUAAUCUCGAAAUAGUAUAAUGAUUUGUUACAUUGUGAAUAUAAUUGCACAAUGUAAUUGAAAAUGCAGUAAAAAUGAUUAAAGUUCUGGAAACAAAAACUAUA